AUGAUCAUGUUCGACUUUGGCGUCGACAUCAGUACGUCCACAAUAUUUGACAAGCUGAUCGGUAAGCUGUACACGAUGAAUCAGCGCACGCAGAAACGGGCGAAGAAGGACCACGACGACAUUGUACUUCUUCGCCUGGCGCCAUACUUCCCCAUGUGCCCUAUAGAGGAUUGCCUCAGCGUUCUUAAGGCACGGAUUAAAUCCGACCUUUCGCUGUCGCGCGAAGUAUUGGCGGCCCCAAACCCCGCGGCGAGAUUACCGAGACGCGCAUAA